AUGUCAUCAUCUUCAUCAUCCGAUUCGACGGCUGUAGAGGAGACUAAGUUUAUUGGUUCUGUCAUGGCGAAAACGGUUGCAUACUAUCAAAAUCUACUAGGCGAAACAUCACAUGCACGAUCUAAGCUAAGAAAGCCGCGGUUGCAUAGAAAUCACGAAGCCGUACACGAUCACCUUAUAGAAGAUUAUUUUGUAGAUGACGCCAUCUACGCUGUAAAGUUUCGACGUCGGUUCUCGAUGAGGAAGGAACUAUUCUUACGUAUUGUUGGCGAUUUGGAAGGCCUCUUUCCAUAUUUCCAAUGGAAAAUGGAUGCAAGGCGGGUAAAAGGUUUCUCUCCCGUUCAAAAAUGCACGACUGCAUUUCGUCAGCUAGCAUACGGCAUGGGCACAGAUAAAUGGGACGAGUAUUUUAGGAUGUCAGAGCAUACCGUGCGGGAGUUCUGCAAAGCGAUAUGUUUGGUUUAUGGGGUAACGAUAUUUGCGCAAACCAACUAUCAACGAUGUCCACCAAUUGUACACGGCGCAUGA